GUGACUCCAGAACUUGUUGCUGUUUAGUUGCAGACAACUUUUGAAGACUCACCUAGCUCCAACUGAGAAACCAUGCUGUGCAAGCGCGUGUUUGUUGCUGUCGUUGUGGUGUUGGCCAUCGUGUCCCUCUCGGAGUGUCGUGAGGAGGGUCCUCACAACAUGGCUGAUGCUCUGCGGAUGCUCGAAGAACUUGACCGCUAUUACACUCAAGCUGCUAGACCCAGGAUUGACCGCCGCGACGUAGCGGACGGGGACUUUGUUGAUCCGGAUUUGUUAGAUCGCGCAGUGCGACUCCUGCAGCUACAGAAACUUGACCGCAUUUACUCCUACCACACGCGACCAAGGUUUGGUAAGCGCUCGGAGACCUAUUCAAACUGGGCUAAGGAUUCAGAAAAACCGGACAUACCAACUUGGUUAACAUAUGCCAGAAGAUGAGGUGCGCAGCCCAGUUGAGCGAUAUCUUAAUACCUUACGGAGCAGAAAGCAAUUCUUGUCUAUAUUGUUAACCUUAACUUCCGCUACAUUAAACCUACUUAUAGGAUACUAUGAUAGUUUUUAUAAAUAUAUACAUAUUCGGUUAUUUUAAGCCUUGAAAUUUCUUCUUCAAUGCUUGUUUUGUAACUGUUUAAGUAACUAUUGUUAUAUCAUCUAAACUCAAUCAUAUUUAUUGUCACUGUAAUGUUAUAAGAAUAUGCAAUUAAAAUGUAUUACAAAUUAA